GUGGUGAACUCACGUCGCGAAACGGAUGCGGGCGUAUAUUGGUGUGAAGCUAAAAAUGAACUGGGUGUUGCACGUUCACGUAAUGCGACACUACAAGUGGCUGUUCUGCGUGAUGAAUUUCGCAUAGAACCCCAGAAUACACGCAUAGCUCAAGGUGAUACAGCCCUCUUGGAAUGUUCAGCACCACGUGGCGUACCCGAACCAGUGGUACUGUGGAAAAAAGGUGGCAACAUAAUCGAUUUUGAAUCAUCGAAACGUGUACGCAUUGUUGAUGGUGGCAAUUUAGCCAUACAGGAUGCUCGACAAAGUGAUGAGGGUCAAUAUCAGUGUAUUGCAAAAAAUCCUGUUGGCGUUCGAGAAUCAGCGAUAGCCACAUUGAAAGUUCAUGUGAAACCAUUUAUAAUACGUGGCCCCCAUGAUCAAACGGUUUUGGAAGGUUCAUCAGUAACAUUCCCCUGUCGUGUUGGCGGUGAUCCAAUGCCUGAUGUUUUAUGGCUGCGUACAGCUUCUGGCGGCAAUAUGCCAUUAGAUCGUGUCAGUGUACUGGAAGAUCGAAGUUUGCGAUUGGAACGUGUCACUGUGGCUGAUGAGGGUGAAUACAGCUGUGAAGCUGAUAAUAUUGUGGGAGCCAUUUCAGCCAUGGGUACUCUGACAGUAUACGCACCACCCAAAUUUUUACAACGUCCCACUAGUAAAUCUGUAGAAUUGGGUGCCGACACUUCAUUUGAAUGUCGUGCCACCGGCAAUCCUCGCCCCACAAUCUUUUGGACCAUUAAAAAUAAUAGAACCAUCAUAUUCCCCGGUGCACCACCGUUAGAUCGUUUCCAAUCGAUUAAUACCGAAGAGGGUCAUUCCAUAUUGACGCUAACGAAAUUUCAACGCAGUGACAAAGAUUUAGUUAUUGUCUGCAAUGCCAUGAACGAAGUGGCCACCAUAACCACACGGGCACAAUUAACUCUGGACUCACAGGAAGAUAGACCACCGCCAAUCAUCAUAAUGGGACCGGUUAAUCAAACACUACCUGUCAAAAGUUUGGCCACACUGCAUUGUAAGGCAAUUGGUCUGCCUAACCCCACCAUUUCGUGGUAUCGUGACGGCAUACCCAUUCAUCCGACGGCAAAAGUUAAUUUGACCACAGCAGGUGAUUUAAUAAUUUCCGAUUUAGACAGGCAACAGGAUCAGGGUCUGUAUACAUGUGUAGCCAGUAGUCGUACGGGCAAGAGUACAUGGAGUGGCUAUUUGCGCAUCGAAGUGCCCACAAAUCCCAACAUCAAAUUCUAUCGGGCACCUGAACAAAGUAAGUGUCCUUCAGCUCCUGGUCAACCGAAAGUAUUAAAUGCAAGUGCCGAUUCACUGACCAUCGUCUGGCCAACAAGUGAUAAGCCAGGAGCCUCACCACUGCUGGGCUAUUCGGUGGAAAUGUAUUCGACGAAUAAAAGCAAAACAUGGAUACCGAUUGCAUCACGCCUGAUUGAACCUAUUUUCACAGUUGAUGGGUUGACAAAUGGUGCGGCAUACAUGUUUAUUGUGCGCGCCGAGAAUGCCUUGGGUUUCUCUCCGCCCUCACCCAUAUCUGAACCGAUAACAGCCGGCCAGCUAGUGACCAGGGGUAGUCAUCGUGGUGCCGGCAGCGGCAUGAAUGGUGCGGGUGGUGUCAAUGAAGAUUUGAUGUUCGCCGAAGUGGAAACGUUGUUGCAAACGAACGACGUUGUAGAACUACUUGAAGCCAAUGCCACAGACUCGACCAGUGUACGGUUGGCAUGGGACAUCGAUAGCGGCCAAUAUAUUGAAGGAUUUUAUAUUUAUGCACGUGAACUACAUUCGGCCGAGUAUAAAAUGAUGACAGUCUUAAAUGCGGGCAAUGGUGCGAGCGCGUGUACCGUUAAUGGUUUGGCUAAGGCGAGUAAAUAUGAGUUUUUUCUUGUGCCAUUUUACAAGAGCGUCAUAGGAAAGCCAACAAAUUCGAAGCAAUGCUCAACAAUGGAAGAUGUUCCCGAAUCGCCACCACAUGGCAUGGAAGCUAUACAAUUCAAUCGCACCUCUGUCUUUUUGAAAUGGCAGCCACCGUAUCCCAACAAGACUCGCAAUGGCAUCCUUACCAACUACAAUGUAAUUGUCAAAGGACUUGAUGCUCACAAUACAACACGCAUCUAUAAAAAUAUGACAAUUGAUGCCAGUUCACCAACAUUGCUGCUGGCCAAUCUGACUACCGGUGUUACCUAUUACAUUGCCGUUGCGGCGGCCACUCGUGUCGGUGUGGGUCCAUUCAGUAAGCCGGCUGUAUUGCGUAUGGAUCCUAGAACACAAUCAUUGGAUACAGGCUAUACAAGAUAUCCCAUCAAUCGUGAUAUUGCCGAUGAUUUUUUAACGCAGACGUGGUUUAUCGUUUUACUGGGCUCCAUAAUCGCUAUUAUAGUUUUUCUAUUUGGUGCAUUGGUGUUAUUUAAACGAUAUCAGUUCAUCAAACAAACAUCGUUGGGGAGUUUACAUGGAAAUCACGCAAUCGGUGCCGUAAGGAAAUUCCCCACAUUACCCUUAAAUGCCAAUGGUGUUUGGAUCGACCCAACAGGCGGUGUUUGGCGUCAGGCCAACAACAGCAGCAGUACAACAAAGGAGCAAUUGCCAGAUUACGCACAAGUUACGGGACAGGCUACAUCACAGUCCCACCACAACAAUCAUCAACAACAACAGCAACAAAAUCAGCCUAACAUGCCAUUGCCGGAUUAUGAAAGACUUACACCACUAAAUAUGCCGGAUUAUGCUGAAGUUGCAUGUUCAACAUUUAAAACACCAAAUGGCGGAAGUGCACAUGCAACGUUAUUGCAACAACAGCAGCAACUACUUGCCAACAAUAAGGCCUAUCAGCAGCAACAGCAACAACAACAAUCUCUCUAUGAUAGUUGUGGUGCCUAUGCAACAACAAAUCUUGUGGCAAACGCCAAAUUAUAUCAAAAUCGAGGAAACGGAACGAACACAACCACAUCCUCGAUUAAAACGAACCAAGGCGACCGGGCAUCAGGUGAUAUUUUAGAUGGACUGCGAGACCGGGGAAAUGAACAAAAAUUAUUGUCCUCAUCAACAAUGCGCUCGAACAACAACGAUGAUUAUCGUUCGACCAUGGGCAGUAUAACAUCCAGUCUCUAUUCAGCACCACCUAGCAAUCAUUACGGCGGCGGAGGUGGCGGCAGUAUAAUGGGUAUGGAUAACAAUGCCUUUGGCAACAAUCUGUUAUCGACAUUCCCCGAUAAAAUGACAGCCAGUACAGCAUCCACGGCCAUUUUGUCGGCCUCACCAUCCAAGUCAGUAACGGGCUCAUCGUCACAGAAAAAAUCCACAACAUCCUCAUCGACAUCAAAUGCGACGGCGACGGGCAAUAAAAUCAACAUUACCGAGAAUCGUUUUGAUUUGAUGAACAAUGAGCCAUUGCAACCGACACGUUUAAAUCCUUUUAAUACGAACAGCAUGCAAUCACAAAGUCAAAGGCAACAGCAACAACAGCAGCAGCAAUUGCAGCAACAACAGCUGCUGGUGGCCAGCAAUGCAUUGAAACAGGGGCUGGGUGCCUAUGCCAAUACAACAUUGGCCACCCAGAUGAUCAAUGGCGGGGGUGCUGGCACUCUGCGCCGGCCACGUAAUCCCAAAAUGUUCAAAAGCGAGAAUAACAUUAAUUUCGGUAGCCUCUGUAAGAAUAAUGGCUCACUGGGUAAUAAUAAGGGUGGCCAACAACAGCAGCAGCAUGGCAACAAUACUUUAGAUUUCCUUACCAACAGCGGCGGUCACAACGACAGCUUCAAUGACAAUGAUUUUUCACUGAUAAGUAAUUCCACGAAUCAACUGCUCAACGAUUGGGCCUCGAGCUCCUCAAUUGCGGCCAGUGAUUAUCAUCACUUUGGCAGUAAGCAGCCCAAUAAACAGCAUUUAUAUAUUAAAUCAAAAGAUGGUACCUGGUCGGCAGUAUCAUCGGAUGCCUAUCAGGCAUUGCGUCAGCAGCAGCAACAGUACCAGCAGCCUCCACCAUCGUAUGCCCAUGCAGCAGGUGAUAAACUAUUACAACCCUCAACCAAUCAUAAUAGCUCGAACAAUUCCUCCACCAACACCACAACAACAAAUAAUUCAGCCUCCCUAUCCUCCUCCACCGCAAAUCCCAAUAAUAGCUGUAGUCAAAAUGUCAGCUGUAGUAGCUCAAAUUUAGAUGCCCUGACCACCAAUAAUACCACAGCAACAACAACACCAUCAUCAUCAAUAACAACAACCACCAGCACCACCGCUAGCGAUAAUUUAUUAACUAAUCAUAAUAAUACGAAUAAAUAUUUUAGUAGUUUUGGUCCUUCGGCCAAUGU